CUCCUCGGCAAACUCUCGGGAAAGAGGGGGAGGGGCCUCUCCAGGACGUUUAUAAGCUGGGCUUUCCUUCCCACUUCCCUUCCCCCUCAGCUCCUCCUCCCGGUCAGAGCUGGGGAGCUGCUGCUGCCUAGGUCUCCCAGAGCAGCCGGAGCCGUGUCGGCGUCAGCCAUGGUGCUGUGCCCGGUGAUCCGAAAGCUUGUUGGCAAGCGCGUGGUACUGGCAAGUGCCUCUCCGCGGAGACAGGAGAUCCUCAACAGCGCCGGCCUGCGCUUUGAGGUAGUGCCCUCCAGAUUUAAGGAGACGCUAGAUAAAGCGGCCUUUUCCACACCUUAUGAAUAUGCCCUGGAAACAGCCAAGCAGAAGGCCCUGGAAGUGGCCAACCGCAUGAAUAAGAAAGACUUUAGAUCUCCAGAUGUUGUUAUAGGAGCAGACACUAUUGUGUCUGUGGAUGGCCAGAUCCUGGAGAAGCCAGCCGAUAAGCAACACGCCUAUAGCAUGCUGUCAAGGUUAAAUGGAAAGGAACACAGUGUGUUUACUGGAGUAGCAAUCGUUCUUUGCAGCACUAAAGAUAAGCAGCUAGAAACAGAAGUCUUUGAAUUCUAUGAGGAAACCAAAGUCAAAUUUUCUGACCUGUCAGAGGAGCUUUUAUGGGAAUACAUUCAUAGUGGAGAACCAAUGGACAAAGCUGGUGGCUAUGGCAUACAGUCCCUUGGGGGAAUGUUAGUUGAGUAUGUUCAUGGAGACUUUCUGAAUGUGGUAGGGUUCCCAUUGAACCACUUUUGCAAAAAGUUGGUGGAAUUGUAUUAUCCACCUUCUAAAGAUGCCAUACAUCAUGUAAAGCAUGACUCAGUCCCUUCAGUAGAAACCUUUGAAGUUCUAAGUGAUGAAGAAAGUGGCAGCUCAAAUUCUACUCAACAAAAUGUGACCAGCAUGCUAAAAGGUGAAAGUGCAUUCUCUUGUGGAGAUCCGGGGAGCUUGAGAAAGAAAGAAGUUGCCCAGCAUGUGAGUGGAGAGCCCAUGGCGAAUUGCAGUGAGAACGUGGAAAACCAGGCUCCAUUUCCAACUAUUCUUAUAGAGCUUUUGGACGGCUUUAAAGCAUCAAAGGCAAUGUUUGUGGCCUGUAAGCUAAAGGUGUUUGAUCUGCUCAAAGGCAAAGACAUUCUGAAGGCCAAAGAUGUUGCUGCCCACAUAAAUGCAUCUGUAUGUGGGAUCGAGAGAUUACUUGAUGCCUGCACAGCACUUGAAUUAUUAAAUAAAACCAAUGAAGGUUACAGUAACACCGAAUUGGCUAAUAAGUUCUUGGUUUCUGACAGUGAAUAUUCUCUACAUGGCUUUAUUAUACAUGCUAACGAUUAUGUUUGGCAAUUCUUUACACACUUGGAGUCUGCUGUCAAAGAGGGAACAAAUCAGAACCAUCAAAUAUUUGAGAAGAAAGCUCAGAAUUUGUUUCAGGACACCUUCUAUCACAGCAGGGAGACAAAACUGCGGUUUAUGAAUGCCAUGCACUGUAUCAUCAAGCUGACGGCAAGGGAUGUGGCCACAGCUUUUGAUCUGUCAGGAUUUCGCUCUGCCUGUGAUCUGGGAGGCUGUACUGGAGCUCUGGCCCACGUGCUAGUCCAGGAGUACCCGGAUCUACACGUCACAGUAUUUGAACUUCCCGACGUCAUUGAAAACAUUUCUUGCUUUCAGCCUCUUGGACAAGGCAGUAGCCGAAUAACUUUCACACCAGGUGACUUUUUCAAAGAUAACAUCCCAAAAGCCGAUCUUUACAUUCUUUCAAGAAUUCUUCAUGACUGGUCAGAUGACAAGAUCGAUAUAUUAUUAAGCAAAAUUUCAGAUACUUGCAAACCAGGCUCUGCCUUGCUAGUAGCUGAAAUUGUGCUUGGCGAAGAAAAGAUAAGCCCUCCUAGAGCUGUGCUGCAGUCCCUUAGUAUGACAGAAGGCAAGCAGAGAAGUAGCUCAGAAUACAAACAGUUGUUGGAAAAAUAUGGAUUCACUUGGGUACAGACUAAGAUGACAGGAAAUUUUUUGGAUGUUCUUUUGGGAUUUAAGAAAACUACACAUAACAGUGAAUUAAGCAAUUUUGGAUUUUGAACUUUAACUGUUUUUUAUAACACUAGCACGUUAAAUCAAACAGCUUAGCCACCUAGGGAAAAAGUCUUGCUGCUAUUUCCUGGACCUUUUUAUAGCCCUUCACAGACUCUUCUGGGCCUAUCCUUUCUUACUAGAAGACUGUAGUGACUGAUCUGUGGAUAUCCUCACACACACCAACUUGGAUCUGUGAAACAGAAGAGUAGCAAAGUACUGGACUCCUUAUGCCCAGUCACCUUAUCCUCUCUUGUCAUUCAGAACAGGCACUAGGCUUACCUCUGAGACUGUAGGCCUGCAUUCCUGACCAGAUUAUAAAUGAAGAAGUGUUCUGUUCUCUAGGCACAUUUCCAGAAUGCUUAUGACAAGUUAUUUAGAAGGCCCAGAAUAUUUUUUCUCUUGUAUUUUCUGUAUGUUGAAUGUUUUGUGUGUCUUCAUGAGGUUUUAGCUCAGUUUUUUUAUUUUUGGCUGGUCAAGUAAUUUUGUUACCUCUUUACAGUUAAUGCAGUAUGUAUAAAGUGAUAGGCAACUUUUGCCUGAUUUUCAGAAGUUGUUUUAAAUAUUGCUUCAAGUUUCUGCUUUUCCAUUUGACUGUGACAUGCCAUUUUGAAACUUAAAGAGACGUGCCCUCAGUUUCAGUAACUUUUGGUUCUUGAUGUUAAGCCAUUUUCAAAGCACUGGUGCACUGUAACUCUGACUUCAUCUCACCUACUCCUUUUGAGAUAAAGUGAAAUGAGAAAGUUAGCUCUGAGUUAGAUUUUGAAUGAGUACACUGCACCUAUUAAUCCUGAAGGUCAUUGAGUAGAAGAAAAGAAAAAGAAAGUGAAAUUGCCUUUGUUCCAAUAAAAGCUUUCCUAAUCAUUAAUAUAUGUGUCUUUUUGUGCUAUUGUUUGCCUUCCACUGUUAAAUCAUAGGAAGAGCCCACAAUUGCCAUUAGGUCCUAGCUUCUCAUUAAGCAGAUGAGGAAAUGGAGCCUCAGAGAAGUGACUUGCUCCAGGUUAUAUAGUAUCAGGAGUGGAAUUUGAACUUAGGUCUUCUUGAUUCUUAAAUCCAUCAUUCUAUCUCUAUCUUCUGUCUCUCUAAUGCACAUUGCCUCUCAGAAGACCAGUUUUACUCUCAAGUCUUCCAGAAUGUAUUGAUUUCCAUUCUAUUUCUUUUCAUGUCCCUGUUUUUACAGCCUUAUUUCAAUGGACCAUAUUCUGACUUUACCUUUUCUGUAUCCUUGGCACUCAUUGCCAUGCCAAGACCGUGCCACAGUGCUCCUUGCAGUUCAUAAGAUAAGAUUUCGGAUUCUCAACAUUUGUCUUGCAUUUUCAACAUCAGGAUCUGGCCUCCUCCUGGCUGAAAUGGUCUUAGACAAGAAGAGAAGACAUGGAAGAAGUGCAUGGCUUCAGUCCUUGAACAUGCUUGUCCAGACAGAGGGAAAGGAGAGGAGCUGCUUUGAAUACAGAUGUUUACUUGAACGACAUGGAUUCAGAAAUGUACAGAUUGUACAAACAGGAAAUUGGUUAGAUGCAAUUUUAUGCACCAAAUGUUAAGAUAAAAUCAUAAUACUUCUUUGACUGUGUUACAGAACCUAUAUAUUCAAGUAGAUUUACAAAUUUUGAAAACAAAUCUCUUUUGAAAUUUUAUUCAAUCUUUUAUGAAAUUCAGCUUUUUAAAGGCUAUAAAAAUAGCAUAGGCAUAUUAGAUUAUUAAGAACAUAUCAGGUGUCUAUGAUCUAUAGGACAUUUCUCAUCUUCCAAUAAAUGUGAACUAAUAUAAUGUU